AUGUCUAGGGUGAGCAACAGGAGAAAUGCAGUCAUACAAGAAGAAGACAUCAAAAAUGACAAGAAAGCCAGAGUAUCAACGAACCCGCCGCAAAGACAAAGGCGUUUUCGAAGACCAGCUACAACCUCUCAUAUAGAACUUAUCGCUGUUGCGCAAUCGAAACAAGUCAAAGUGGUUCUAUUGGGCACUCAAAAUGUUGGUAAAACUGCCCUGUGCGUACGAUUUAUGACAAAGAGAUUCAUCUCCGAGUACGCCAAGACAGAAAUGAGAUAUAAUCACUUCACAUAUGUGGACAACGAAAUCGCCUAUUUCGACAUUUUGGAUACAUCUUACGAGGUAAGAAGCCCAAUCAGCAUAUUGUGCAUACAGUAA